AUCAAUCAGGGAAGAAAGAUACUCCGAACAUAUGACCGAACAAUAACCAAUCUAGAGUCCAAAGAGUAAACAUCACUGCAAAGUAAAAUAUCACAGUAAAGUAAACCAGGAGGGAAAAGAACAAGUGAGUAAGUCUCUCUCACCAAACUCUUGUAACCGAGCCAGUCAGAGAGAUGAGCAAGACUCUACCAUUCCGAGUGAUCGGAAAGCGCAGGGAGACUAUCACAGCCCUGCCACUGUACUACAGUGGUCAGAUGCAGAAGAAAUGCAAAGGAGAGAAGGUGUUCCAAAUGUACCAUGGAGAGUUGCGUGGCUCCACCAUGUUCUUUUACACGGAUGAGAAACAGGAAACGUACUGUGAGAGGCUGGAGCUACACAACCUGAAAUCCAUGGAGUCAAUUUCCUCCUACUCAGAGAGCACUGCCCCUAUUUACACACUCAGGUUCCCCAAGCAGGAAGUACAACUUCAGAUGGAUAAUCCGGACACAGGAGAGUUGUGGAGAGGCUUUAUCUUGACCGUGGCUAAACUGGAGGUCCCACGGCAAAUGCAGCUCCUGCCUGGCCAGGUCAUGAGGCUGGAGGAGAUGCGGACCGCAGAGGAACAGCGGCGGGCCUUAGAGUCCUCCUGCCCGACCCCUACAGAUGCGUCAGCGUCCCACUCAAACAGCUCAGAAAGCGCAUAUGAUGCCACUCUGUCCAUAAUUCCCUCUUGUUUUCUGUCAGUGCUACGUGAAGAGGCAGAGAAGCUACUGGAACAGAACCCAGAGCAUGGCAGCAUCAUCCUAAGGCCAGCAACUGACAACAAACAACAUUUCUCCAUCACAACAAGACAAAUCUUUCCCAGUGGUCCAGUUAUUAGAAACUACAAGAUCACGUCCAGUGAAUCUGGCUAUACUAUUCAACUGGAUAAUCCUGUAACUGUCCAAACCCUGAAUGAAGUGGUGGAUCACUUCUUGGAGAAAACAGCCUAUCAACUAAAGCCUUUUACAAUGCCCCAGGCCUACGACACUCGCAUAAAGCUGCCUCCACCUCCACUAGCUCCGAAGCCUAAGGUCAUUCCCAAAGCCAGGGUGCCGCCCACCAUCCACACACAGCCACCGCCUGACACCAUGCCCCCCACACGUCCACUGCCCACACUACCAGCAAAUAAGAACAACUCCGUUUUCGGAGCCUGGGCUGCCUACAGAACUCUGAGUUUUCUUACAGUGUACGCAUGGGAUGGGCAACAAGUGGAUCGUGAGGAGAUGUUGAAUGUGAUAAAAAAAAAUGUUAUGGGCUUGAAAUUGUGUAUGAUCACUGCACCUUUAAAUAUACUAGUGAGAUCUCUAAAGUGCUGGUCACAUGUUUUACAGACUCAUUAUGCAGCUGGAGCUAUGUUGCUGAAAGACCCUUGUCUAACUGAUUUUAUUGUCCUGAACAGACCUAAAAAAGAGGAAUUACAAACCAGCCUCUGCAUACUAUUAACACACACGCACACGCACACACACACACACACUUAACCUGAUGCCAUUUACCACAAUUAUGGAAUGUUGAGGAUGAGGAAAGUUGAUUGAGGCUAAAAUGUCAGUAUUGCUGUGCCAUAUGACCUAUAUCAUAGUGAAAUGUUCAUGCCCUGAUAACAAUACAGAUCACAACUUUGCCCAAUUUCUGUAAAUUCAAUGACCAACUGCAUGGAGAAGCCCAUGUCCUAUACCAUGUUUUACUAUACACUUGACCAGCAUAGCUUAAAAUGCAGCGUGAAUGUAGGCCUAUUUCAGCAACCUUUUUAGCAAUUCUUUUUUUCAAAUGAAUUUGAUUAAUUCAUGUAGAUUUUUACUGUCUUAGUGGCGAAGAUUAUUUCUGCACCCUGUGCAUUUGCAAAAUCACAAUUAUGUUACCAUAUCAUCAAUAUCAUAAUACCUGUGAUGAUAUAGUGGAAAAUGCUCUUUUUAUUAUGGGGUGUAAUUUCUCACAAUAUACUGUACAUGGCACAGCCCUGACUGGUAAUUGUAAAUAGCUGUAAACUUUUGUUAGAUUGCAUUGCUUAGCUUUUUAUAUUUAGAAGAAUGUUCACAUAGAAUGGAAAUGUUAUAGAAUUAUAGUCAAUAAAACUUAAGUAAAACGUC